AUGGCGGAUGCAGAGGCACUCGAUCCGUACACAGAGACGUAUCACUGUGGGGAAACAAAGGUAGAAGUCAGCAGGCUGGGAGGUCGGCUGAGCGAGGUGGUGGGUCCCGUCGUGGAGGAGGCCAUCGAGCCAGGGGAUGCCACCCCGUUGACGGGACCCUCGAGGGAGUCCUCGGUUCCUCGAGCCCCACCGCCCAUCCCGCAUCGCGUUACCACAUUGAAACCACCGAGACCUCCGCCCACUACGUCUCAACAAACACAGGAUCCAGGUCAUCAGACCCAAGAGUCGAACGAGAACGCUCAGAAUCCAGGUCAUAAGGCCCAGAAUCCUGGACAACAGACGCAGAAUCCGGAACACCAGUCGCAGAACCCGGGCCAUACGACCCACAACCCGACUCAUCGUCAAAACCCUGCUCAACAGCAACCCCCGAAGGCAGAGCAACAGACCCAGAACCCGGGUCACCAGGCUCCGAAUCCCGGCCAUCAGACUCAGAACCCGGGUCACCAAGCUCAAAAUCCCGGCCACCAAGGUCAGAACCCAGGCCAUCAACCCAAAAUCCCGGACACCAGACCCAGAACGUAA